UAUACUUCAAAUUCAAACUACCCCCAUCCCCACCCCCACCCAACCUAAAACUCAAUCAAAUAAAUAUAACUCUCUUCCUCAUCUUCCAAAUCUAAAACAUCACUCCCCCCCCACAUGAAGCCAGUAAGACAACUCCCCUUACCCUUUUUUCUCACUUCUUUUUUCAUCAUUGCAACUAUCACCACCACCAUUAGAACAACCAAUGCCGCUGCGGCGACAUCGCAAAUGUUCAGAGAGGCCCCCGAAUUCUACAACUCUCCCGAGUGUCCUAAAAUUGAAUAUAGAGACAAUUCAAUGUGCUUUGAUGAAGCUGUGCACGUAGCAAUGACCCUUGAUUCGGCGUACAUCCGCGGAUCAAUGGCUGCGAUUCUCUCCAUCCUCCAACACUCAUCUUGUCCACAAAACGUACUCUUCCAUUUCGUAGCAUCUGCUUCCGCAGACGCGUCAAAUCUACGCGCCACCAUUUCAUCCUCUUUCCCUUACUUAAAAUUCCAAGUUUAUCGCUUCGAUGAUUCCUCUGUUUCCGGUCUCAUAUCUACAUCCAUCCGAUCAGCUCUCGAUUGCCCUUUGAACUAUGCUAGAAGCUACUUAGCUAAUAUUUUACCCUUAUGUGUUCGUAAGGUUGUCUAUUUGGACUCUGAUUUGGUAUUAGUCGAUGAUAUUGUAAAACUUUUAUCCGCUACUCCGUUAGGUGAAAACCAAAUCCUUGCAGCACCUGAAUACUGCAAUGCGAAUUUCACUUCGUAUUUCACUCCAACUUUUUGGUCUAAUCCAUCUCUUUCGCUCACAUUCGCGGAUCGCAAAGCCUGUUACUUCAACACAGGGGUUAUGGUGAUCGAUCUGCAUCGAUGGAGAAAUGGAGAUUACACUAGGAAAAUCGAGGAAUGGAUGGAGCUUCAGAAACGUAUGAGAAUCUACGAGUUAGGUUCAUUGCCUCCUUUUCUACUUGUGUUUGCCGGGAAUAUAGCUCCGGUUGAUCACAGAUGGAAUCAACAUGGACUUGGAGGAGACAAUUUUCGCGGACUCUGUAGAGAUUUACACCCAGGACCAGUGAGUUUACUGCAUUGGAGUGGUAAAGGAAAGCCAUGGGCUCGGCUGGAUGCUAAUCGGCCUUGUCCAUUAGACGCUCUUUGGGCGCCUUAUGAUUUGUUGAAACCUCCAUUUUCGUUCGAUUCUUAAAUGUGCGAUGAUGGAAAAAAAUAUAUUCUGAAAUAGAAAAAUGAAAUAAAAGUCGCUCGCUGCAAGUGUAUAGACUUUGGCGAAGAAGAAGAAGGUUCUAUAAGAUGGAAAAAAUUCGAAAUUAAUAGAUGGAAGGAUUAAAAUUCAUUUUUCUCCUUUAAUAAAAUUACAAUAUUUUCUUUUGAUAUUUCAAUUUUUACUGGCCUGAAUGAUGUAUGUAUCUUUGAGUUGAGCUAUAUUGUACAGGAGAUGAGUAAAAAAUUUUUUGGUUGCUUAGA